AUGGUGGUGGAGGAGAUCACCGAGGGCGUGAAGAACCUCGCCGUCGCCGGAGAUGCGGCGGCGGCCUCAGGCGGAGAGGGGCAGAGGAGGGGCGGCGGCGGCAGCAGCAACCGCAUCCAGAGAUAUAUGCAACAGCACGGCGAUGUUGAGCUAUCAGCUCUUGGAAUGGCCAUAGCGACAGUUGUGACCGUGGCAGAAAUUCUGAAGAACAAUGGAUUUGCUGUUGAAAAGAAGAUUAGGACAUCUACUGUUGAAAUAAACGACGAAACAAGAGGGCGUCCAUUCCAAAAGGCCAAGAUUGAGAUAAUUUUGGGAAAGAGUGACAAAUUUGAUGAGUUGAUGGCUGCUGCUGCUGAAGAGAGGGGAGAAGUGGAAGAUGGUGAAGAACAGGCUUGA